UCACCAUUACCGUAACGACUGGUCGAGGCGCGGGGGGGCACAAGUUAAUCUGAAGGACGACUGGGUAAACCAGGACGAAGAGGUGGAAGUUACAGGGCUGCGCACACAUGCACGCAAAAAUGCUUUGGCAGAGGACGCUCGUCUCCUCCCUCCUGGCGAUAGGGGCGCAGGCCGGAAUUGGGGACCUGGUUAUGGAGGGCUUGACGCGCAACGGCCGGACGGUGGAACGGAGUCUGGAAGAAUCGGCCAUGGCAAGCCUGGAGACGCGGGCAUAUCUGGAGACGAGGCAAACCAUGAACAGCGGAACCCCACUGAAAUCCGACGGGAGCAUCGACCUGAACGCGUGGAACACCCAGGUGAAUGCUGCCUGCCAGGACUCGCUGAGAAGUCUGCAUACAGCGUCGAAUCCGUCGGGCACUUGCGUGUGUUACAACCUGCCGCUGCUCAACAACGAGACGGGCGCGUUCGAGGCCGACCUGAGACUGUUCCAACUCAGCCCUCCCACCGGCGAUUUCCAGGGCAUUCCGCAAGACCAGAUACAAGUCGAGCUCAGCUACCAGGGAGCAUCGGUCUCCGAGGUCAAAAAUGCCAGUGCGGCCUCUGCAGUGAGACUCAGGGCCAGGCAAGACAACGGCAACGGCACGGAUCUUCCGCUGUUGCAGUCGUACAUGUUCGUCGGGCAGGUCGACAAGGACAAGAUGACGGGCCAAGUGAGCAUGGCCCAAUGGCAAGCUCUCGUCAUGCCCAUCGUCACGCUCAAGGCCACCAACGGCAACGGCCAGACGGUCAGCACCAACGUUUCCUCUAAUGAAGCUGCCUUCGUCACCGGCGUCUUCUCGAAGGAUGUGGUCAUGAGCAAUCUUCUCCUUGCCCAGCUCGCCGUCAACGACCAGCUCGCUGGGCUCAAGAACGGCACCGUCGCCUUUGUGUUGCCCGGUAUCCAGCUCAUGAUUUUCCCCAUCGGCCUCAUCAUCACCAGCGUCUGGCUUCUCCUGGGGCUUGUUGCCUAUGGAUUUGGCACCUAUGAGCGGUACCAGUUCAGGGAGGCGCACAGAAGGAGGGUGGCCGUUGCUGCCAAGGCUGCUGUCGCAAGGUUCUGAGCAUCUGUGGCGAAGGGCCUGUGCAUAUUUUGUUCUUUUUACAUCGUUAUACAGCAUGCUCUGGAAGAGCACGUUUGUUUGACACAAUACAUCAGCAGCGGUUCAGGGUUCGGUGUGUUGGCACGGCACAGGGGUGACUGCCAGCGGC